AUGGCCUGUGUUGGGAUCUCUUGUAUUCGUCACCCACUGUAGCGAACAUGGCCGUCCAAGGAAUGCUCUACACGUGCAAGGACAAUUUUCGCUCGCAGCAAAUCCUUAUCGCUGCCGAGUACGGAAAAGCGAAUCUGAAAGUUUGUCAGGAACCUCCAGCGUUCGUCUUCGGCGAAACUAAUCGCUCAGAUGAGUUCCUCGCCAAAUUUCCCAAUGGCAAGGUGCCGGCUUUCGAAACAAAGGACGGGCAAGCUAUCACGGAGGCAAACGCAAUCUCUUACUUUGUAGCCGGCGAGGAUCUGCGAGGAAAUACCGAUACCGAGAAAGCUCUAGUCGUUCAGUGGAUGUCAUUCGCCGAUAACGAGAUUGUGCCUCCAGCCGCAGCAUGGACAUACCCCUGCCUUGGCAUUAUGCCCCAGAACAAACAGGCUACGGAGAAGGCACAGGCUGAUGUCAAAUCGGUUCUGGCGUACCUCAACAAGACACUUCUACCGAAGACGUUCCUCGUCGGCGAGCGCUUCUCGCUGGCCGACAUCUCUGUCUUCUCGGCCCUUUUACCCCUGUACAAGCUUGUGCUUGAUCCUGCCUUUCGUAAGCCGUAUGGAAACGUCAACCGUUGGUUUGAGACGGUUCUGAACCAACCAAACGUAAAGUCAGUGUUGGGUCCUGUUAAACUUUGCGAAAAGAUGGCUCAGUUCGAUGCUAAGACCUACGCCGAGAUUCAAGGCAAAUCUGGUGCAGCUGCCAAGAAAGAAAAAGGCGGAAAAAAAGAGGAAAAGAAAGAAAAACCUGCUACAGGUAAAGAAGGGGACGAGCCAGCUGCUUUUGAUGCCGACGUUGAGGAAGAACCUAUCGUUUCCGCGAGCAAGAAAGAUCCAUUUGAUCAGUUCCCUAAGGGUAGUUUUGUCAUGGAUGACUUCAAGCGUUAUUACUCCAAUGAGGAUACGGCGAAGUCAAUCCCUUAUUUUUGGGACGAAUUCGACCCCGACAACUAUUCUAUCUGGUACUGUGAGUAUAAGUACCCUGAGGAACUUACCAAGGUGUUCAUGUCGUGUAACCUCAUCACUGGCAUGUUUCAGCGUCUCGAUACGAUGCGUAAGAAUUCCUUCGGCUCUAUGUGUCUCUUCGGUGAAGACAACUGCUCAACUAUAUCGGGCAUCUGGGUAUGGCGUGGACCGGAGCUCGCUUUCACGCUUAGCGAGAACUGGCAGACCGAUUAUGAGUCCUACAUGUGGAAAAAGCUUGAUCCCAAGGAUCCAACAACUAAGACCAUGGUAAACGAAUACCUGGCCUGGGAAGGCCAGUUCGGCGGCAAGAAAUUUAACCAAGGCAAAAUCUUUAAGUAAAUGGACGACAACUCUUUGGUGGCAAAUUUGGGUCGGUGAUAACAUCUGGGGGUAGUACGGAGCCGAGUCCUUGUCCUGCUUUUUCAUCAUUUUAAACAUUCAAUCAGGCACGCUGCUCGCAGUAUAAGGCAGAACAGUGACAAAUUAUAUGGCAACACAUAAAAAAUAAAAGGCUUGCCUUUAUUAAAUA